AUGGUUGGAUGUUUGUUGUACUUGACUGCAACAAGGCUUGACAUUAUGUAUGCAGCAAGCUUACUCUCUAGGUUUAUGAAUGAACCAAGUGAGCUACAUUUUCAAGCAACUAAAAUAGUCCUUCGGUAUGUUAGAGGAUGUCUAGACCUGGGAAUUUGGUUCAGGAAAGCUGAAAAUCUCAGCUUGUAUGGUUUCAUCGAUAGUGAUUGGGGUGCCAUAAGCUGGAUCUCAAAAAAGCAAGAAGUUGUGGCACAAUCAACUGCAGAAGCUGAAUAUGUUGUUGCUGUUGUUGCUGCAGUUAACCAAUUGACUUGGCUAGGAUUUAAGGUUGGAACAGACUCAAGGUGA